AUGGGAAUAUUCUUCUCUUUAUCCGAUAUUUUAAUUCAUCCAUUUUUUCAUUCUUACAAUCAAUCUUUUAUUUAUUUCACUUUGUCAAAUAUGAAUUCGAAAAAAGUUUCGGAACUCUUAUUAGUUGUUUAUGCAAUGGGAUAUUCAUCAAUGAUUGCAUUUAUUGCGGUUCAAUUUUUAUAUCGAUAUUGGAUUAUGACAAAGUUAGUUUAUUUUUCUCAUUUAUCAAGUCAAUUUCCUAACCUAAUUCGUUUUUGUACUUUGGAGUACUGUAACUGUUAAGUUAGUGAUCAAUAAUAUUUUCAGUAAUCGUAAAGCUAAACUAUUUGAGGGAUGGAAAAUAGUUUUAAGCGUGAUAUACUCUCUGGGAUGUGGAUUUAUUUAUGCGUCAUCGAUUUAUAUAUUAGGACCAGUUGAUGAAUCUAUGAAAAGUUAUUUGAGAGAGGAAAUGUUGAAAAAUUACAAUGCUUCUAUUGAUGAUAUUUCUGGAUUCGCAGUUAUUGGAUAUCUGACUGAAAAUAAUAGUAAAACUCUACUUCAUGGAAAAAUAUGUGUUGCAACAUUGCUCGGAAUUAUGAGUACACAAUAUACAAUUAUGAUAUAUUCUGGUCUUCAAAUGCAUAUCAAAUUGAAAACACAAGUAGAUUCAUUGUCGAUUUCUGAUAAAACUUUGCAGAGGCAGUUAUUAAAAGCAUUAAUUAUUCAGGUAUACAAACCAAUUUGUUUCCAUUUCAUUAAAAAAAACAUUUUAGAUAGCUUCUCCCUCAUUGUUUUGCUGUAUUCCAAUUAUUCCUAUUUUGAUUGGUCCAUUUAUUUUUACAAAUCUCUCAUUUCCAAGUGGUAUUUUUGUUUCACCGUUCACAAUAUUUCCAUCAUUAGACAGUAUUAUUUUAAUGAUUGUUGUCACUGAAUAUCGCGAAUGUUUGAAGAAUAUAUGGAAUAUGAAUUUUUAUUCAACGUAUGCUCCAAGUAUCUCAGCAAGAAAUGCUCUUUCGAAAUAA